AUGCACGUGGUUAUUGUCCAUCCUGAACAAUGGAACGGGGGCUCCGAUCGGUGCACCGUUGCCCUUAUCAGACAUUUUGUCUCCCAGGGGCAUCGUGUUACAUGGCUUACAACUAUGAUUGAUGAGUACUGGAAGAAUCACACUUUUGAUGGAGUUGAAAUUCGAGAGGUUGGGCUCAAGCUUCACCCUGGAGAUUGGUGGUCGCAGAAUGUUGCUCUCGGCUGGCAUAUGGUCUUUAGCAACUUGAAUCCAGAUGUUGCGAUUAUUGAUCACUCCGCUAGUUGCGUUCCGAUGAUCAAGUGGCGAUUCCCACAGUGCAAAAUUUUGUUCUACUGCCAUUUUCCACAACAGUUAGUAACACCGUCUCGAUUUUUCCUGUAUAGAUGGUAUGCAAAGCUCAUCGGAAUCGUCGAAGAAGAACUUUUCGGGCACAUCGAUCAAAUUUUCGUGAACAGUAAUUUUACUGCCACUCAAUUCUGCAAAGUGAUGCCAAAUAUUGAGAAGAACAAGGUUCGAGUCGUUUAUCCACCGUGUGAUAUUGAUUGGAUUGUUAGCGCGUCUGAGCGUCCUGUCAGUCGUGCUCAGCGCGCCAAGAACGAAACGUACACGUUCCUGUCAAUGAACAGAUUUUGGCCAGAGAAGCGGCUUGAUAUCAUUAUCGAAGCUGCAUCGAUUCUGAAACAAAAAGGAUAUCACUUCCAUGUUCAACUUGCCGGAUCUGUCAUGCCACACAUUCCGGAAAGUAGAAUAUAUUAUGAGGUUCUUCAGAGAAUGACUGAGGAGCUCAAUGUUACUGAUAUGGUCACAUUCAUCCCUUCGCCGACUGACAAGGUGAAGUUUCAGCUGUAUCAACAAUGUGAUACAGCGCUCUACACACCGCCUAACGAGCAUUUCGGAAUUGUCCCAAUUGAGGCUUUGGAUCAAAGAAGACCGGUUAUUGUCUGUGAUAGUGGAGGCCCAGCUGAAACCGUCUUGGAAGAUAUUACAGGAACCAAGAUUGCCAAGCCAUGUGGCGAGCUUUUGGCCGAAGCCAUGCUUCACCAUAUGAACAAACGUGAUUGGCCAGAACUGGACACAGAUGAGGGAUACGCUAAACAGCGGCAUCGCCUUGAAACCGAAUUCUCCACGCGCGGAUUUUGUGGGAAUAUCGACCGAGCCAUUGCCGAAAUGAUGGGAACGUUGGAGAUCAGCUCAUCGGAGCCAACGACAACGCCGCUCGUGGACACAAUAGUUCAUCAGCCAACUGCCACUGAAGUCUAUUCGAAGCCUCAACAGUACAAUAAGGCGGCUCACAGCAGGCGUGCUCAAGCUUAAUACUUAUGUUUUGAUCAUUUUUGUCUCCCAUUUUUGUUGUUCAUCAUUGCAAUUCCAGUAAGUGUUUCCUAGUAAGUUGUCAUCGCUCUCAGCCAAUUUUUUUCCGUUCUUAUCCAGCCGGCCCUUUCCAUCCCACUCACCCUCCCCUUAAAUUAUUAUUUAACGUUUUUAUUUAAAAUUUAUAAUUUACCAUUUUGAAAAUAACAAUUCUAUCCAGUUAUAUCAUUCCGUAAAAUGAUAAUUUUCUGAAUUCUUGUUUUCACGGGAUAUCAUUUUAAGCAUUCUUCUACUUCUUCUCUGUUCAGUGUUCUCUUUUUGCUCAUUUCUUCUCUCUUUCUCAAUGUGAAUUUUUAAUUGAAUAUAUAUCCAGCCCUGAGAUCUUUCGCUCAAUUUUGAUUCUUUCAUCAGAAAUUUUAUCAAUUAAUCAGUCAGUAAACUUUUAUUUCAUAUAAAUUAUUAUUUAUUUUAUUUAAAGAACAAAUAUAAUAUAAACAAUAUAAAAA